AUGUCGUCCUCUCUGCUGCGCGCCGCCGUUCGCGGCCCCUCGACCACCUUCUUCCGCGCCAACGCCGUUGUCGCCGCCCGGACCCAGCCGCUGGCCGCCCGCGUCGGCCUCGUUGCCCCCAGCCUGCUGGCCGUCUCUACCAACACCAGCAGCUUCAGCACAACGACCCGCGUGCGGUCUGAGCACAAGGAGGAGACGUUUGAGGAAUUUUCGGCCCGGUACGAGAAGGAAUUCGACGGCGUCCAGGAUGUCUUUGAGCUCCAGCGCAACCUCAACAACGCUUUCGCCUACGACUUGGUCCCCUCACCUGAAGUGAUCGCCGCCGCUCUUAAAGCCGCACGGAGGGUCAACGACUUCCCUACCGCCGUCCGGAUCUUCGAGGGCAUCAAGGCCAAGACUCAGAACAAGAAGCAGUACCAAGAGUACCUUGACGAGCUGAAGCCGCUGCGCGAGGAGUUCGGCAUCGAGCUCGUGGAGGAUUUGUACCCCGAGAAGCCCGAGCACUAA